CCCAUUGUAUAUAAAUGGUCAUGAAAUACGUAAAGAUCGCUAGUGACACCGUGACAUUGAAGCAGCUCCAGUCGCCCGCAAGUCACCGGAAAACAACAUGAAAAUUCUCUUCCUUACCGCGUGUCUUUUCUUCGUUGACGGUGUUGUGUUUGGCCGAAUUACGGGAAACGAAAUACAAUCGUUGGAUUAUGAGCCAGAUAUUGAACCCUAUGAUUCACCGGUACCCACGGAAAGACCGAUAUUCAAAUACCAGAAGAACGGCAUCAAGCUGGACCUGAAAAUCGUUCCGUUUCGCAAUCAUACCGAUCGAGAGGACGAUUUUCCCAGCUUUCCCGCCAAAGAUAUUGGUAUCUGCGUUUUGGACCUAUCUUUGAAUUGUGUUCAGCAGAGAUUUCAUAACUUCUUGGACCAAAUUCGACGUCUGAAGGAGAUCACGUUGCUUGGGAAUUGGGUAAAACUUGUUCGAACUAAGGAGGUUGCGGAAGAAAUUGGGGAGAGCAGAUCGUUCGAUCUCAACCAUGAGAUGAGUGACGUUAUUAGCCGGGAUAUCGAUUCUUUUUUUGACGUCUUUGCCUUACGGAUCAAUCUACCGAGCAUCCAGGGAAAUAAGAAGAAAAACCAGAUUGAUGUGAUGUUCGAUGAGACUGGUUUGGUCGAAGGUCGAGGAAAAGCUGGCAAAGGGGGUAAGGGUGGCGGUGGUAAAUGCAAGAAGAUGAUGAUGAUGAUGCUGAUGAUGAUGAAGAUGAAAAUGAUGGGGAUGAUGGGUAUGACGGCAAUGAAAAGUAUGAUGAUGGCUGGAAUGUCAUUGAUGAUUUCAAAAUGGAUGCUAAUUCAGAAGCUGAUGGACUUGAAAAAGGGCGGUGCUGGUGGGGGAAGCGGUGGUGGUCCAUGGCAGGGAGGAGGAGGGGGAGGUGGAGGUGGAGGCAGCGCCCCGCUAAAGGAGAUCGUUCUACUAACAAAAUCCGCGGGUGGCAGCGGCGGCGGCGCAGCUCCGAUGGACAGUUAUGGUGCCCCUCCGCCGUCGAGUGGCUAUGGAGCACCAGCUGGAGGCUGGGAUAGUGGGGGUAGCGGUGGAUCAGGAGGAUGGGGUCGUAGUCUCGACGCCUAUCCAUCUACCUCAAAUUCCGAUUCGCAAAUAGAGCUUCCAGGAGUCACUAAAACGAGUGGCGUACCUGCAGCUACGGUCGAUAAGCCAGAUUCUGAUAACACGAAUCACCAGAAGACGCAAAGAACCGACGUGCAAGUUCCCGUGUAUCAAAUCGUCAGUCCCAUCUACAGGCCCAACGUUGGUAACGGUUCAGCAGAGGUGACAUUGGAAAGUCAGUCGACGCCUCGCAAAACGGAAAAAAAUAAAACCAUAACGGAUCCAUUGCAACAGAGCAAAUUUAUUACCAUGCGGUCGAGCUACCGCGUUGCUCCCAUCAAGAACACCCGCAAUGCCUUGCUCGAGGACAGCGUUUCGAAUCCUGUGUACGCUGAUGAGUGGAAGAAAUUUGAACUUGCUAAACGAUGGACGGCUAAUCAGCAAUAUCCCGUGGGAACGGGUCAAGUGGAACGUCCCGGUCAAGAUUCGUUCGACAUCAACUACGAGUACCCACGGAAUCAUCAGGCUUACGGAAGGCUCAUGAAGGAUGGAAAUAUUGUACCCUACGGUUUCUGAUAUUCCCAGUUUUCAAUGGUUGCAAUUCAUUAUGUGUUCAUGUGUCACCUAUUUAUUUACAUGAUUAUUCACUUAUUUUUUCAUUUAUUUAUGUGCUCAUAUUAUUUAUCUUUGUGGAAUAUAUCGUCUUAGUAUGUGAUACACACACUAAAACCUAUAAUAUU